UUCGUCGUGGUGGUCGUCCUCUGAAAUCCCUAAAAUCGGAGGAAAAAAUAUAUUGAUCCUAGGGUUAUCGACUCAUCUCAACCUCGCCAUGGACAUGGGUAUGUUCAGUCAGCCACCUCCCGUCUACGGAGCCUUGCAAGGGAUGAACUUUUUUGCUUCUAAUCCUGAGAUGAAAGCCUUUUUUGAGAAACCAAGACGCAGUUGGGUUAUUGACGUUGAGGGCUUCGACACUUCGGUUCCUGCGGAUGAGAUGGAGGAGGCGUUGAUCAAUCAUUUCAAGUCAUGUGGAGCAAUCCUUAGGGCUUCUGUCCGGAGACAUCCUGACAACGGCCUUGCUAAUAUCGUCAUGGUCGGAGACGACGCUGAUGAGAAGGUGAUGCAACUUAAUGGAACUGAAUUGGGAGGAAAGAAACUUGUUGUUAAGGCCAGGCCGUAUCCCAGAAUGGAUUAUAGGCAUCUUAAUCUUCCUUUUGCCUCCUCAUCAUAAAUUUGGAUCGAGGUACAAUGCAACCUGCUUUGUUUUUAUCACUUGUUGGAUACAAUGCAACCCCCUUUCCUUUGGCUCUUUCUUUCUUUACCAUGUUUAUUAAAGUAAGCUCCAUAUGUAUGACGUUUGUGUGUGGAUGAUUAAGUAUGUAUGCUCUAUUAUCAUUCAUUAUCUAGUUUGACCUCGUUUCUCUGUGGAUGA